CACCGCCACCAACCGGGAGAAAACUGGGAAGAAGCACCGGGACCCGGCGCUCUGUCGUCUUUCUCCGCUUGACACGAACCCACUCGUGAACAGAACGGCGGAGCUGUGCUCCAGGAGGUCGGCAUGGGGGACUACGCGGCGUUUCUGCUCUUACUGGCGGCGACCUUGACGCUUCAGUCCGAGGUGCCUGUGGAUGACUCUGUGGGUUUGCUAACUGAGCCCCAGGUGGCCAUGUUCUGCGGGAAGCUCAACAUGCACAUCAAUGUACAGACUGGGAAAUGGGAGUCCGACCCCUCUGGCUCGAAGAGCUGCAUUGGCACCAAGGAGGGCAUCCUGCAGUACUGCCAGGAGGUGUACUCGGAGCUACAGAUCACAAAUGUAGUAGAGGCCAACCAACCCACCAGCAUUCCAAACUGGUGCAAAAGAGGCCAGAAGCAGUGCCGCAGUCACACGCACAUCGUGGUGCCGUACCGCUGUCUGGUUGGAGAGUUUGUGAGUGACGCCCUGCUUGUUCCGGAUAAGUGUAAGUUCCUGCACCAGGAGAGGAUGGAUCAAUGUGAGAGUCACCUGCACUGGCACACCGUGGCCAAAGAGUCCUGUGGCGAUCGCUCGAUGAAUCUCCACGACUACGGAAUGCUGCUGCCGUGUGGCAUCGAUCGUUUCCGAGGGGUGGAGUUUGUGUGCUGUCCAGCAGAGGCGGAGCAUGUGACGGACAGCAUGGAACAAGAAGGGGAGGAGUCUGAUGUCUGGUGGGGCGGAGCUGAUACAGACUACACAGACAACAGCAUGACCCGCCCAGCACACACAGAACCAGUCUUCACUGAGGACGAUGAAAAUGAGGAUGAAGAGGAAGAGGCCUUUGAGAGGGACGAGAACGGAGAUGGUGAUGAAGAAGACGAGGAAGAGGACGGCCGUGAGCUCGACGAACAGAAUAACGAUGAGCGAAAUGCUAACAUCGCCAUGACAACCACUACCACCACCACCACUGAAUCAGUUGAGGAAGUUGUGCGAGCGGUGUGUUGGGCUCGAGCGGAGUCGGGCCCAUGUCAUGCCAUGCUAAAGCGUUGGUACUUCAUGCCUGAGAAGGGCCGCUGCGCUCCCUUCUUAUUCGGGGGCUGUGAGGGCAACAGGAAUAACUUUGAGUCGGAGGAGUACUGCCUCGCUGUCUGUAGCAGCUCGAUCCCCACCGUGGCCCCAAGCCCUCCAGAUGCUGUGGAUCAGUACCUUGAAUCUCCAGGAGACGACAACGAACACACCGAUUUCAGGAGGGCUAAAGAAAGGCUCGAAGCCAAACAUCGCGAAAAGAUGUCCCAGGUGAUGAGGGAGUGGGAGGAGGCGGAGAGACAAUCCAAGAAUCUUCCUCGUGCAGACAAAAAAGUCGUCAUCCAGCACUUCCAGGACAAGGUGGAGGCUCUGGAGCAGGAGGCAGCAGAGGAGCGACAGCAGCUGGUCGAGACCCACAUGGCCCGAGUGGAAGCUCUGCUCAACAGCCGCCGGCGCCUGGCUCUGGAUAACUACCUCAGUGCUCUGCAGGCCACCCCUCCACGGCCCCGACAGGUGCUGAGCCUGCUGAAGAAGUACGUCCGUGCAGAACAGAAGGACAGGCAGCACACGCUGAAACACUACGAACACGUUCGCACUGUCGAUCCCAAAAAGGCUGCACAGAUCCGACCCCAGGUUCUGACGCACCUCCGUGUGAUUGAUGAGCGGAUGAAUCAGUCAGUAGGUCUGCUCUACAAGGUGCCGAGUGUGGCUAAUGAGAUCCAAAAACAAGUUGCAAUUAUAGUGCAGCGUGUUCAGUCCGAGCUGUCUCAGCAAGUCUCCUCCCUGCAGAGUGACGGGCGGGUGGAUGGCAGGGUGAGUUAUGGGAACGACGCUCUGAUGCCAGAUCAGACCUACAGCUCUGCUCCGUUGGAUCCAGGUCUGGACGGCCUGGGCUUCAUUCACCCAGAGAGCUUCAACCAGCCAAACACAGAGAACCAUGUUGAGCCCGUUGAUGCUCGUCCUAAUCCAGAAAGAGGGCUCCCAACACGACCUGUUUCUGCACUGAAGCCGGAGGAGAUGCCAGAAGUUCGGAUGGAUACUGAAGAAAGGCAGAGUACUGGAUAUGAAGUUUACCAUCAGAAACUGGUCUUUUUCGCUGAUGAUGUUGGCUCCAACAAGGGAGCCAUUAUUGGGCUAAUGGUUGGAGGAGUUGUCAUAGCAACCAUCAUUGUGAUCACUUUGGUGAUGCUGAGGAAGAAACAGUACACCUCCAUUCAUCAUGGUGUAAUCGAGGUGGAUGCAGCUGUGACACCAGAGGAGCGCCACCUGGCCAAGAUGCAGCAGAACGGCUACGAGAAUCCCACCUACAAAUUCUUUGAGCAGAUGCAGAACUAAACGAACUGUUUCCCAACAUUUCUUUUCGUCGUCUAGUCCCUUCCUGGCCCCCCAGCACUUAACACUUUUCAGUUUCUCACCUCGUUUGCAGACGUAAGGAUGUGAGUGUUACUGCAGAGGCUGAUUUUCAUCCUUCAUACUAAAGAUAAAUCUUUGCAUGUGAGUCAGAAGUUUGGGCCAAAGGAAAAUGGCAUGGAACAAAUCUUUUUUUUUUGUCUUUGUGUCAUUGUACAGAGCGAAAGUGUCCCAUUAACAGGUUAGACAAGGGUGCCCUGAUUUACCUGCACGCUAUCAGCCAAUCACAGGUGUUUGUACUGGAAGAACCCUUUUGUUUAUAAAAUAAAUAUCACCUCACACUCAUCUGCUCCAAACUGACCGGGCGGGGGUUCCAAGAGCUCCUUACUGCACGAUUGAAGGGUUUCAAGUAUGUUUUACAGAAAAGGACAAAAAGAAAAAAAAAGUUAUAAAUAUUAUACUCAAAAUAUAUCAAAGCUGAAAAUAUUUGUUUUUGUUUUUUUUAUGUGUAAUAUAUUGAGAGACUAGCUGUAAGUAAAUGUAGUGCAUGGCAAUAUUGAUGACUGAUUAAAGUAUAAUGUAUGUGGAGAUCCUCAGGAUGGGUGGGUCCUCUAGAUAUUUUAGCAGGAUUGUAUAUUUGUGUCUUCUUUGUGAUCUUGUGAUAUGAAGAAGAAAAAAGGUAUUCAGAAUCUGUUAUGCUUUGUCGUUGCACAGAUUUGGCUUUAAUUGAACCUUUCUGCUCAUCUCCAUGCUUCAGUUGCGUUCGCUGCAUGGGCAAAAUGCUCGAUGAUGUAAUUUAUGACGCGUACUAGUCUAAAAGGAAGAUGAUCGUGUUGCUGUUUGCGUUCUAUGCACUGUCAUGUUUGAAGUCUUACCACCAAAUAUUCAUUGUUUUGAUGCCAACUGUCUGCACUUUGUGAUUUUAUUUUUAGGAUCUAGGUUUAGCUUUACUUUUUUUUUUUUUAGGAAAGCAUAUCAUUCCAAAUUUAACUCUGCUGUCUUGAUUGUAAAUAUUUGAAUGUUUGAGGUUUGUCAUUUCCAUUUGCGCUGCUUUGUGUCCAAAGUCCCUUUUAGUUUUACCGCAACAACGCAGGAGUUGAAUUAUCGAAAUGGAUCCAUUUUCCAAAUGCUUCAGUCUCCACAUACACCUCACUAAAUGUUGUUUUCUACAUUAGCCGUGUACACGCGUGCAGUGCUUCUGUUUGUCCUGUGCUCAAUGUUUCUUUGCACAUUUGUCUGAUCUGUAUUAGUCUUCAAGAGGCAACAACUGACCACAGCCGACUCCAGUAGACAUGUUCAACUCUGUUAAUAUGAAUGUGACGUGCAUAUUCUGCAUAUUAUCAAAAUACAACACAUAUCACCUCAAGAAGUGUACAGACACCGACUGAAGCUCUUAAUCAGGUGAAUGUUUAAAAUGAUUUUUUUUCCCCUCUGUGUAGUUUCAUGAAACAUUUGCUUAAAAUAUGAAAAGCUUUCUACACUCGGCAUACCGUAAAUAAAGUUUGAAUGUACAUAUUGA